CCUCAUUGCUAUUUCUCAUCACCCCUCCACACUAACAAAAGCUUAUAUAUCUGAAAAUUAAAACAAAAAUUUCAGAUAUGGCUUCAAAAAUUAUAGCCUCCAACGCAUUUCUCAUCUCCCUCAAUCUUAUCUUCUUCACUUUAGUUAGUGCUGCCUAUUAUCCACCGUCAUCAUCCGAGUCAAUCGACUAUACACCACCAGAACAAAACAAAUACACACCUGAGUACACUAGUGUUCCAACAUCAACAAUACCAGAGAAAAAAGAAUAUACACCAGACUACACUAAGAAUCCAACAUCAGCAACACCGGAGCAAAACGAAUAUGUGUCUGACUACACUAAGAAUCCAACAUCAGCAACAUCAGAGCAAAAAGAAUAUGUACCUGACUACACCAGCAAUCCAUCAUCAGCAACUCCAAAUCAAAAAGAAUAUGCAUCUGACUACACCAGCAACCCAACAUCAACAACACCAGAGCAAAAAGAAUAUGCACCUGACUACACUAGCAAUCCAUCAUCAGCAACUCCAAAGCAAAAAGAAUAUGUAUCUGACUACACCAGCAACCCAACAUCAACAACACCAGAGCAAAAAGAAUAUGCACCUGACUACACUAGUAAUCCAUCAUCAAAAACACCAGAGCAAAAAGAAUAUGCACCGGACUACGCCAACAACCCAUCAUCAACAACACCAAAACUGAUCAAUUAUGCACCUGACUACACCAGCAACCCAUCAGCAACACCAUCAGAGUCAAUCAAUUACUCACCUGACUACUCUUCCCACCCAUACGCUAAACCUUUUAAAUGCCCAAAGGAUACCCUUAAAUUAGGUGUCUGCGUCAGUUUAUUAAAAGAUUUAUUGGGUGUUACAGUUGGUACCCCACCACAUGCUCCUUGUUGCAGCCUCAUUGGUGAUCUAGUUGAUCUUGAAGCUGCUGUUUGCCUUUGCACCACCAUCAAAGCCAGUCUCUUGGGCAUCAACUUGAAUCUUCCAGUUAACCUUACCUUGUUGCUCAACUACUGUGGCAAACACGUGCCAAAAGGAUUUCAAUGUGCAUGAAUUAAUUAAAAUCUGUUUUCUCCAAACUCCAUUUACUAGUUGUAUUGUAUUUUUUUAAUUUACAUGUUGUUUUUUUUGGUAGACUCAAGCUUCUUGUCUACAUCCACUUACAAGCUUGUACUCAUUUGAAUUGUACUGCUUUUAAUUUAUGAAUUAAUUUUAUUUUUUGAAUUAAA